UAAACAAAUGGGACUACAUCAAAAUAAAAAGCUUUUGCACAGUUUUUUUUCUGGAAGACAGAGUGGAAGGCCAGUGAGUAGGUCAUAAUGGCAGAAGAAAUUAAUGAAGACUAUCCAGCAGAAAUCCGUGAGUAUUUAUCAGCAUUUGAGAAUUCCAUUGGUGCUAUAGAUGACAUGCUGAAGACCAUGAUGUCUGUUUCUAGAAAUGAGUUGUUACAGAAGUUGGACCCACGUGAACAAGCAAAAGUGGAUUUAGUUUCUGCUUACACAUUAAAUUCAAUGUUUUGGGUUUAUUUGGCAACUCAGGGAGUUAAUCCUAUGGAACACCCAGUAAAGCAGGAACUGGAGAGAAUCAGAGUAUACAUGAACAGAGUCAAGGAAAUAACUGACAAGAAGGCUGCCAAGCUGGACAAUGGUGCAGCUUCAAGAUUUGUGAAAAAUGCCCUCUGGGAACCAAAACCUAAAAAUGCAUCCAAAGUUGCCAGUAAAGGAAAAAGUAAAAAAUAACCUUCUGGUUUUGAUGUACACAUGUUCAAAAAGUACAUCAUUUUUAUUGUUUAACACAAAAUAGAUGGUGAUGAUGUGGCAAU